AUGCCACUGGUGGCUCCUGUCGUGGCAGGCGCAGGCGCUGAUGGCGCAGAUCCAGAUCCGCUGGCGACGCCAUUCACCAGCGGCGCGGUGGAGGGAGUCACAAGAGGGCCGUUGGGACCUGUGCUUGCGCUUCGUGGCGCUGGGCUGGGCGCCGACAUUUUGAUCUUGUGGUCAUGCACAGCUCGACAAGAACGGACCAGUCAAUAUCGAGAGUUGCGACAACCGGUGUUGUGCGAAGACAACAAGAUGAAGUUUGUCCGAAGAGUGAUUGACUUGCAAGGCGUCGUGGAUGCCAUACGCCGCUUUACCAGGUUUAGCGCCUUCGGCUAA